AUGGGACUCCAGGCUGGGAUGACCCUGCUUCAUGGGAGCAUUAUCCUUUGGUCUGUCAUGGGGAUGCUUCCCUGUGUGAGUGCUGGCCCAGCAGCGCCCACCGCAAGCUCCCGGAAUGGCUUCCCUGCAGACUGCAGCCACCUCCGCAAGAACAGCCCCAGUGGGGUCUAUGUCAUCCAGCCAGCCAAGGCUCCCCCACGGGUGGUCUGGUGCGACAUGGACACUGAAGGCAAGGGCUGGACUGUCGUCCAGAGAAACUCUCAUGACACUGAGAUCACAUGGAAGGAGUCCUGGACCACCUACAAGUACGGCUUUGGGAACGUGAGGGCAGAUUACUGGCUGGGCACCGAGUACCUGCACCUGCUCACGCAGCAGAACACCUACAAGGUCCGUUUCGUCGUGCAGAAUAAGGCCAAUGUCACCCACUAUGCUGAGUACGACAUCUUCAGUGUAGAGAGCGAGGCCAGCGGGUACCCUCUGAGGCUGGGCAGGUUCUCUGGCGAGGGCGAGGACUAUCUGACCACCUUCCAUACCAAGAAUGGGGGCAUACACGACAACAUGAAGUUCACCACUCAUGACAGGGACCAGGACCAGGCCAGAGGGAACUGUGCCAACAGCUAUGGGGGUUGGUGGUAUGACAAUUGUCAUAACAUCCUGCUGAAUGCCAAAAACUACAUCCUAUGGCCAGGAUUCUGCAAAAGUGGUGACUGCAUAUCUUCCUUCAUCCUGGUGAAACCUACAGAUGUGUGCUGA